CAAAUAAUAAUAAUUAAAUUAAUUUACUGAGCUUGUUYGAUGUCGACACUCAACAACAACAUAUUGUUUUGAGCUUUCAUAAUUUGUUGAUCACAAUACAUUAUAUUAAUUGAUUAAUAAUUUAUAUGUCUAUUUAAAGGAUGAUAAAAGCAAAAUUUAAGAAAUUAUGGUAUCGGUUUAAAAAUUAUUUCAUAAAUUAUGUAUAUAUACAAAAUGAAACCUAUGAACAUAUGUGUGAUUUAUUACUAGAGCCUUUGUUUAAAAUUGUUGACAAAUAUACAAGCAUUUUUGGAAAAAUUAUGGUUGUUCUAGUGAUUGUAUUAACAACAUUUGUAGUGAUCGUGGCUUAUUGGAUUGGUGUACCAUAUUGGUGGAAUAAUAAUAAAGUUUUAACGGUGUUCUUGUUAAUAUUUGGAAAUUGGUUAUUAAUAAAUGUUAUAUUUCAUUAUUAUAUGGGAGUCACUACACCACCUGGAUUUCCUACUCCAAACAGUUUAAUUUAUAAUGAUGUAAUAAUUUGUAAGAAGUGUGAUUCUCCUAAGCCUCCUCGUACACACCAUUGUUCAAUUUGUAAUAAAUGCAUUCUCAAAAUGGAUCACCAUUGUCCUUGGAUAAACAACUGUGUUGGGUUUUAUAACCACCGUUAUUUUUUUCUCUACAUGGUCUACAUGACAUUAGGCUCAUUAUUUUUGAUAACAUUUGGAGCUGACAUAGUUUUCACAGAAAUAUUCUAUAGAGAAGAGGAACCAGUAGGGCAUCCAAUUAAAGCCAAUACUUCUUUAUCAAAAACAGACUGGGUUUUAACAUUUCAAGAUGAAUAUGAAAACCAAAACUUUGAUAUUGAUCAUUUUGCAGAAUGGAGGUUUUGGUGUAUUAUGGUCAUAACUUUUAUAACAUGUGGAGUUUUUAUCGCCUUAGCUAUUUUAACUAUGUGGCAUGGUCUAUUAAUAAGUUAUGGUGAAACAAGCAUUGAAGGACAUAUAAAUAAAUUUGAAACAGAAAGAUUGUCAGCUAUAAACUUUGAGUAUGUUAAUGUGUAUGAUUAUGGAAUGAAAAUGAAUUGGAUUAUCUUCCUUGGACUUCAUAGUGGAAGGAAUUGGAGGCAUAUUGUAUUUCCUUCAACUCAUAAGCCAAUAGGAAACGGAUUCAUAUGGCCUACCAAAAAUGAUAUAUUUGAAGUGUUUUAUCAUUAUAAACAGUAAAUAUGUAAUGUAAGUGUUUAAGAGGACGCUACACACAUAUUUUAUGUCUCUGUCUUACAAGUGCAUAACAUAGCAAAUUUACGCUUACAAUAUCAUGCUUAACUCCAUUAGUCUAAAAAUAAGAGUAAAUUGACCUGUUAUGAAACCUGGUGGUAAAACAUUUCUGUGUUUGUAUGUGGAUUUUUUACAAUAACUUGGUUUUUAAGUGAGUUAUGAGCAUUUUUAAUUUAUGCUUUAUAUCUUUAUAUCCGCAUAAUUUGCAAUAAAAUUGAACUAUCGUAAAAAAACUCACAUACAAACACACUUAAUGUUCUUAACGUCAAGUUUCAUAAUAGGUUGAUUCACUCUAAUUUUUAAGCUAAUGGAGCUAAAAGUAAUCAGCUAAGCGUAAAGUUGAUGUUAUGCACUUGUAUGACAGAGACCACAAAUAUUUGUGUAGCAUCAUCUUAAUAUCUUUAUGUAAAUAAUUUAUUUAUGAUGAUGUAAUAUUCUAAUUAAUAAUACAUAAUAAAUAUUUAUGAAAAAGUGUUGACAUAAUUCUAAGAGUGGUUACUUUGUCUUACUUUUAUUGCCAUUAUGUGCCUAUGCAAAGCUGUGUUGUAUUUUUAAUUAGAAGCAUUCAUAAACUAUGUAAAAACUAGAUAAAUCAUUUUAAAUAGAGCUUUGUUUAAUAAAGUUGUUUUAAUAUUUCUUCAGUACUA